GAGCACAGCGGGCAGCACCUCCGGGUAUUGCUCCAGCAACAGUCAACUGGAUAUGUUCGCCAGAACAUGUGGAUCAGCGUUGGGCUCCAACAGUGGCAGAGGCAGCAGCGUUGAAGCAAGAGGCGGCAGUUUUGGGCUUGCAUGUGAAGAGAAUUGGGGUCCAAGACGGUCAGGUCACAAUCCCAGGAAGGGGCAUGAGUUUGAUUCCAUUCACCGCCGCUCCCAUCGCAGGCGGGGCUUCGGCAGCGGCGCCGCGAGGGGCUGUCGGGGCGCUCGGGCCGGUGCCGGCCCCAGAGGCAGAUGGAGGAGCUUUCAACUUGCAAAGCCUAUCGGAUGUCAUCCAGGAGCUCAAGGACAUGGCCAGGAAGAAAGAAGGUCAGAGCAAAGAGAAGUCCAAGAAGAAGAAACGAUCCAGAAAGAAGUCCAAGGACAAGAAGAAGAAAAAGAAGAGGAAAGACAGUUCCAGCGGCUCGUCCACGAGUCGAUCACGAAGCAGUGCAUCCAGCCGCAGCUCAAGUCAGAGCUCUUCGGGGCCCUUGCUGUGGAAGCCCAAAGGCAAGGACCGCGAGGUCAGUUACAAGAAGGUGCAUGCAGUGGACUCGGAGAAGUUCAAGCGCAAGGGAGAGUUGCUGGCGUACGCAAGCCGCCAUCCGGGGGCCCUGUCAGGACAUUUUCUGGCAUCGAUCUACGCUCGUCUUUCGAAAGGAAAGGUGGAACGUAGCAGUCAGCUGCGGGAGGCCAGUGUGGUCUCAUGGGCCGCUCAACACAGCGGUCUGACAGAAGUGAGAGAUGUGAGGGAGGUCUUGACCCUAGCCGAGGCCAUGGAUGCAGUCAAUCGAAAGGAAAUUGCCAGAGCAAUGGACAUCCUUGCACAGCGCAUCCUGGCAAUCCAGCAGGCCGCCUUGAAUAUGCUGCAUGGGAGCUUGGACGUUGAAUUCAAGUUUGUCUCAGCUGCCCACUCACGCAUCCAGGACGAGACAGAGGACAGGGUAAUUACUGAUCCUAGUGUGAAUCAGCUGUUGGACCCACAGAAGCUUCCCCGGCCCCGUUUUGCCUAUAUCCCGAAGCUGCGGGUAACCCUGGUACCUCGCACAGGGAGGCUGCUGGUGUCGAAGAGAGACGCUCGUAUCCGGCUUCAUGCACAGCACCUAUGGGGUUUGGUCCUAGCGCAGGCGGAGACGAAGGCGGCCUUUUGCGGACCUACUUGGCUCUCGCGGGCGGAGCAGGUUUAUGGCUGGCUUGAUGAUCUACGGGGUCGCAAGGUGCGUGUCACAACCUUGCCGGAUGUCAUUUGGUGUGAGUUGAUGACAGCCGCAUUGUUGUUGCCCUAUGCGCAGUUCAACUUGUCAGCGCCGUUUAGCCAGAGAGUUGAAUGCAGUGAUGCCUCAAUGUCAGGCAUCGGGCGAGCAUGGGCCACCAUGCCAAGCGAUCUAGUGCAGCGAAUGGCUCAGCUCUGUGACCACCCAGGGACAUACACGAAUUUGAAUCUCCCCUUUGGGUUAGCCUUGAACGAAGAAGACAAGUGUCCACUACGUAAGUUGAAACUGCCCCGCAACCUCUUCCAUUGGCACACGGCGG